AUGGAAGAAUCUGAUGAAAAUAUAGAAACCAUAAUGGAUGUAGAUUCAUCUGAAGAUUGUGAUACAUUGCUGUGUAGUGGUUAUGAUGAUACAGGUGAAACUAAUUUACAGUGCAACUUACCUCAAUACACUUCGCAUAAUGAAUCACUAAUGGUGAUUGAAGAUGAUGAUUCAUUGAGUGACAUCAGUUGUAGUGGAAAUAUAGAUGUAAGAGAUGAAUUGAAUAAGGAAACUUCAAUUGAAAUACCUGAACAAGAAAUAAUUGUGAGUGAUGAUUUAGAUGACUCUGAUUCUGAUAUAGAAAUAUUUGAGCCAUUGGUGCAAUUAAAGAAAAAUAUUGUAUCUGGUGCUACUAAAAAUACAAAUUUAUUUACAAGACAAAAAGAAAAUAAUUCUUUAAAUGUAAAGAAAGUUUUUAAACAUAAUGCCUCUUUGGUCAAAUUCAAUCCUUCAGUAAAAUCUAACCAAUUUAAAAUAGCAUCUACUGCUACAGUUCAUAGGCCGAAAACUACAACUACACAUUUACAACCAGAGUCAUCAGCUAAUACUGAAAUAGGUCUUAAUAAAAGUUUUUCGAGACCAAAACAACAAUUGAAAAUCACAUCUUCAAAUGAAAAAAAAUCAGAAGUUUAUUUAGUCCCACACAAUGGUAUCAAUUAUAUGAUAAGCAAAGGAAUACCUUCAAGAAGUCCAUUGUUGAAGUCUAAUUCUUCUUCAUCACCCACAUUAAAAGCACCCAGUACUGUAAUUAGACCAACUGAACAAAAAAACCAAUGUAUGGUUAUGUCUUCAAAAGAUGCAUUAAGGGGAGGAAAUAAAGAAGAAUUCAUACCUCAAAUGCAACCACUCCCUGAGGGAAAAUAUAAAAUGGUACCAGAUAAAGGACAGGUACCUAUAAAUUUAGAAAAAGUAUGCAAACAAAACUCUAAUUUUACGAAACAAAAUUUUUCUACUCAUCUUACUCCAAAUGAAAAUAAAGUUAGUGAUAUUUUUCAUAUAGGAAAUUCAUAUCAAUUAGCAAAUAUUAAGAAAACUAGACAAUUUCAGCAUAAAACACUAGAUGUACCAUCUGUAAAGUCUUCUUGGAGUAAAAUGUCUAAAAUUGUUGAACUUGGCAAUGCGAGUCGAAAUAAAAAGUUUCCUACUCAUACUGUUACAAGUAAAGAUCCAAUAGAAAAGAAUUCAAAAAAUUUUGUUCAAAACUGUGAGGUUAAAAUAAAUAAAAAUUGUCACCAAAAAAUGAGUUCUUCGCCUAGGUUUAUUCAGCUCUCAUCAAACUCAAAAUCUUUAAAGAAAUCAGAUAGUCUACCGUUAAGUCAUACUAGAUAUGGUAAAAUAACUAAAAAUGAUAAUAAAACAAUUCAGUUAUCAUCUUCAAACUUUUUUUCAAAAUCUAAAACAAAAUCAAACUCUAAUAAAAUGCUAAAAAAUGGCGGAGAUCAUUCAAAUAGCUCUGAUGAUGAAAUAAUAAAAGUAAAUAAUAGUGAAACUAGUAGAUCACAGAAUUUAAAUAUUAGAAAAAUAGUUGAAGAACAUUCAAAUAAGCAUAAAGUAUCAUUAUCUGACGAAAUUAUUGAUUUAGAUGCUAGUGAUUCUUCCGACGAAGAUGAUACAUCUGAUCAAUUUAUUUCUUGUAAAUAUGAAUAUUGUGAUACAUUGGUGUAUGAACCUGAAUUGAUUGAUGAUUUAUAUUGUAGUUUGGCAUGUAAAAAUUUAGAUAUAAAAAAAACAGUAGCUGAAGAAGAACAUUUUAUCAAGGAAACUAUCAAUCUAUCCGACAAAACUGUGGUUGAUCGUAAAAACCUUUUAACAAAAUUGGAAAAUAGAAUAAAUAAGAGGAAACAGAAGUUAAAAACUUCUUGUCCAGAGGACAUGGUUAAAGAAAAUGACGAUUUGAAUGAACAGUUAACACAUUUCUUUGAUAAACCAUCAAAAGAAGAAAGUCAACCUCCUCUAAAAUCAUUACAGCCAAUUAAUUCUCCAGAAGUAAUAGAUGAUGACGAUGAUGAUGAUGAUGAUGACAAUUAUUUUGAUCUAAAACCUCUUAUAGAAGAUAAAGAUACAUUAAAGUAUAUGACAGGGCUGCAAUUUAGAUCUGCUCCUAAAAAACUGUUUGAUAGACCUUUUCCAACUGAAAAGAACUUAUUUGUAGUAGGACAAAAACUAGAAGGCAUUGAUCCUAAACAUGAAGCUUUAUUCUGUGUAAUGAGUGUAUCCGAAGUUUGUGGAUACCGCAUUAAAUUACAUUUUGAUGGUUUUGAGAAUGAUUAUGAUUUUUGGGUAAAUGCAGAUUGCCCGAAUUUGUUUCAUCCAGGAUGGUGUGAAAUGAAUUUGCGCAUUCUACAACCACCAAACAAUUAUUUAAAUGCAUUUGAUUGGAUUGGUUAUCUUAGAGAAUGUCAAGCUUUACCUGCUCCAAAACGCAAUUUUGUCUCUACUAAAAACCUAAAUAGUUGUAAAAAUCAACACAAAUUUCAUAUCGGAGGUAAAUUAGAAGCAUUAGAUAAAUUAACCCGUACACUUUCAAAACAGUUAAUUUGUGUUGCCACUGUUGCUGAUAUCUUGGGUAAUCGUAUUCGUGUUCAUUUUGAUGGAUGGACAGAUGAUUUUGAUUAUUGGGUGGAUAUUACAUCAACCAAUAUACAUCCAGUAAGGUGGUGUGAUAAUAAUGGUCGAACUUUGUCUCCACCUAGUGGUUAUAAUGAUAUGAAAGGAAGAAAACCUUUUAAUUGGACUGAAUACUUAGCAGAGACAAAUAGUGAACCUGUUCCUGAAGAGGCAUUUGUUCGUAGACCUUUACGGGAUUUUUCUAAUCAAAUGAUAAUUGAGGUUGUUGAUCUUGUUGUUCCAAGACUGCUAAGAAUUGCUAAGGUAGUAGAUGUUAGAGGAGAUGAACUAAAAAUUGUUUAUGAUGGAUUUGAUAAUGAUUAUGCAUACUGGGUUGAAGACGAUAGUCCAGAUAUUCAUCCUGUUGGAUGGUCGUCAAAAACUAACCAUCCAAUUGAACUGCCUCCAGCACCUAAUACACUUUGGAGCUGCAGUAUUCGUGGUUGUAAAGGUUAUGGCAAUUCAUCAAAUAGCUUGAAAAUUGAUCAUGUUGAAAUAAUGGAUUGUCCAUAUGAAAUAGAUUCAUGGAAAACAGCUGUUGCUGGAUUGGCAAAAAUUCCUGAUCGAUUGAAAACUCAUAAUGUUAUAAUUAACACAACAUUGCCAAGUUCAAAAAUUAAAAGUGAUAUACAUCAGAAUAAUAAAAAUAAGGAAAACACCAGCAUAAAUACAGAACAUAUGAAUUUGGCAAAAAUCAAGGAAAAAAUAAAUGAAAAAAGAUUAAAUUUGCUGUUGGAUGCAAACGAUAUUGAACCAGAAUGUGAUACUGUUAUUAAGAACACCCUUUUCAAUGAUACCAUUCCAAGUAACAAUAACGAAAAAUUGCAAAAAGCACUUGGUUUGAGUCUUGUGGGAUAUAAUUUGGGCUCAGCGUCAAUGGAAACAUACUCCAGUUAUUGGACCGGACAUAACCCACAAAUAGGUAUACCAUUAUUCAAUACUACUGAUACGAGAGAAUGGUCCAUUCAAGAAGUGGCAUCAUACGUUCAAAAAGUGGUAGAAUGUUAUAACUCAAAAAAAAACAACGAAGAAAUCAGUAUAUCUGAUCGUUUCAUUGAUCAAGGAAUUGAUGGUGACGCGUUUUUAAUGUUAAAACAAGAUGAAAUAAUGAAAAUAUUAAAAGUUCCACUAGGUCAAGCAUUAAAAAUAGCCAAUGCCAUUAUAAUGUUAAGACAACGAAUAGAUGGAAAUGAAUGUAUGUAA